UCAGUAGCCUACAGUUUGCUUGCCCUAAAUCCUCUCACGCCAUAGGUCACUGACCCAUGAUUCUAGGGUUUCUUUCCCCUAAACUAUUUUCAACCAACUAGGUCUAAAAAAAAUUAUGGCAGAAGACUUGUCCGAGCAUUGACUUUGUUGGGCUUGUUUUUCACUCAAAUCUCAGCAGAUGCGUUCUGCAUUUCUCUCGUUAAUGUGUGAUUGUUUUUGCCAUUGUAUUGGAGAAGUUUUCAUGAAAGCAGAUUUGGGUUUUGAGUUGGUUUUGGUUGAUAUCUGAACCCAUCUCAUGAUUGGUUUGAAUCUGUUUGCUUUACAGGACACCAGAUUUGAAAUUUGAGCAUUUUGUGGUGAGUAAUACAUGGGGUUUUUCUUGAAUCUAGGGAGUUUCCAUGAAACCAGAGAUGGGUUUUCAGUCAACUUUGUCUUCUAAAGCUCUGAAACCAUCUCAGAAACUCGUUGGCCGGGUACCUUCCAUGAAACGAGGGAUGUGUCCUGAGAAAUUCGUAAUAGUUUUGGUUGUUUCAUGAAACCAGAUAUGGUUUUCAGAUUUACCUCCAAACCCAUCUAAAAAAACGAGUUUUGAACUUUUGGGUUGGCUAUGGAAUCAAUGGAAGUAAUGGGUUUUUUUUCCCUGAAUAUUUCUUGAUAAUUUUAUUUGUCCAUGAAACCAGAGUUGGGUUCUUAAAAUUAUCUCCAAACCGAUCUUGGAGACAGUUUGUCAGCUUCUGGGGUGUCCAUGAAAUCAAUGGAGAAAAUGAGUUUCAUAGGAGGGCCUGUAUUGUGGUUGAAAAUGCUCUCAGAUGAGCUGCACUGGACCUUUGUUACAGGGGUUGUAAUUGUUUAUGGGAUCAGCCAAGGACUGGGAGGUGCACUUUCUCGCGUUGCUUCUGAUUACUAUUGGAAAGAUGUACAGUUAGUUCAGCCAUCAGCUUCUCAGUUUUAUCAAGGAAUUACAUAUAUUCCUUGGGUUGUUAAGCCUCUAUGGGGUCUCUUCACUGAUGUUUGCCCUGUCGCUGGUUACAAAAGGAGGCCUUACUUCAUCCUUGCAGGUCUUUUGGGUGUCUUCUCUAUGCUGGUGCUGUCACUGCACCACAACCUUCAUGUUGUGUUUGCACUGAUUUGUCUAACUGCUGGAAGUGCUGGAGUAGCAAUUGCAGAUGUAACUAUAGAUGCUUGUGUUGCACAAAAUAGCAUUCGUCAUCCGCCUCUUGCUCCAGACAUGCAAAGCUUGUGUGGUUUCAGCUCCUCCAUUGGAGCACUAUUGGGUUUCUCUAUCAGUGGUUUCCUAGUGUACUUUAUUGGCUCUCAGGGGGCGCUUGGCCUUAUGAGUAUUCCAGCUGCACUUGUUCUCUUGGUUGGUGUUGUGCUUAAUGAGCCCCACCAGCCCAACAAUACAUACAAACAGGUGUAUGAGAAGCUUCUUGAAGCUACAAAGACCAUGUGGACCACAUUGAAGUGUCCAAAUGUCUGGAGGCCAUGUGUUUACAUGCUUGUAUCACUUGCCAUCACCCUAAAUAUCCAUGAAGGGUUGUUUUACUGGAUUACAGAUCCCAAAGCUGGUCCAGCAUUCUCUCAGGAGAUUAUUGGUUUUGUGAUGUCAGUGGGUUCUGUUGGGGCUCUUAUUGGUGUGCUCCUUUACCAAAAUUUUUUCAAGGACUAUUCUUUUCGUGGCCUACUCUUCUGGACUCAAUUGCUUUUUGGGUUCUCAGGAAUGCUUGAUCUUGUUAUGGUAUUUCGCUUAAAUUUGAAGUAUGGGGUACCCGAUUUCGCAUUUGUUGUAAUUGAUGAAAUCGGGCAUAAUAUAGUUGGACGCCUAAGAUGGAUGCCUCUCCUUGUUCUUAGUUCCAAGCUUUGUCCAUCAGGCAUAGAGGGAACAUUUUUUGCUUUGCUUAUGUCCAUUGACAAUGUUGGCCUACUGCUAGCAUCAUGGGGAGGAGGCCUACUUCUCCAUCUCCUCAAGGUGACUCGUACUGAGUUUGGUAACCUUUGGGCUGCAAUAUUGAUACGAAAUUUGAUGAGAUUUUUACCUCUGGCUCUGUUAUUUUUGAUACCCAAUGCUGAUCAAAACUCCACCCUCCUUCCAAUGGAUUUAUUGCAGGAAGAAGAGGGGGAGAAUGCUGAAGAACAAAAUAUUGAAUUGGUUGCCUUGGUAGAGAGAAAUGAAGAAUAGUUUUUAAAUACUUGGAACCAUUCUUUAUGUAUUGAAUUUUUUGCCUCAUCUGAACCGUGGGAGGGAUUAUUUGGUCAUUUCCGAUUUGGUACUUAAUGAUGAGAGAUUCAAGGAUUUAGGUCUCAGUUGAUAUUAAAUCAGGAGGGUGGCAUAUGUCAGGCCAGCUAAAUGAGCUGUUCAUAAUGGCUAAUUUGCAAGCCUUGGAAUUGUUGGAUAGGGAGAAGCAGCAUACCUGCUCAUACAAACCAAGGAUGCAAAAGAUGAUAAAAGGCCUUAGAGUGGCAUGGAAUCAAAUUUUGUGAGUUGAAAAAUGAAAUUGUCCCACAUGAUUCAAGUAACUCUGGAUUUACUUUUGUUUCACAAUGAGAGCCACAAACUCUGCCUGCUAUUGAAGUACCACAUUCUUCAGUGUUUGCUAUACCAUGUUUUGAUUGAGCAUGGAUCCUGUUUCAUUCAUUUUUUUUGCCAUUCACUUCCGCAGCCAAGCAGAAACCUAUUUGUGGAAAUUCAAGGAACCUUGGCAUACUAUCCGAAUUCUAUUCUUUUGAUGUCUUGAA